AUGCGGCUCUGGGCUCUCCUUCCUGUGGUCCUAACCGUAGGGGGGAUUAUCGGCUUCUGGGCUGUGUUUGCCAUGGCAGUUGCAAAUGGCUCCGUAAAUGUCACAGAAGCCUUUCCUUAUAUCAGCACGUGUGGCGCCUACCCACCCCAAAGCUGUGUAUUUGGUCAAGUCCUUAAUGUAGGAGCUUUUUUGGGCAUGGUGAUCUGCUAUCUGAAGUACCAACAGGUGCGGGAUUACGGCUGUCACUCCCGUUUAAAUCUAGCCGGGCUUAUUCUAGGCCUACUUUUUGCCUUUGGGGCAUCUCUUGUGGGCAAUUUCCAGCAAUAUAACCAGCUGGAAACCCAUCUGGUGGGAGCCUUCUUGGCAUUUGUGGUGGGCAUCAUUUAUUUCUGGGUCCAAGCGUUUCUGACCAACCGAGUGAAUCCGAGACACGGAGGGUCGUGGAUGGCGCCGCUCCGGUUCUCCCUCAGCUUUUGCGGCACCGCCUUCUUCAUCGGCACGAUUGUGCUUUUUACAUUGAAUCUGACUUCGGAGGCCGCCUACUGCGAAUGGGCCCUGGCCAUGGACCUGUUCGUGCUCUUUGGCCUCUUUGCAGUAGACUUCUGGCACGUGGGGUCCUGCUCCGUCCACGUGAAUCACCGACUGGCAGACCGAGAUACCCAGGACAUCCAGGUGUCGACGCAGACUCUACCGCUCUGA